AUGACUGGACAACCCAAGGUGGAGACCUUAAUGCCUGAACACAAGGAUGAGCAAACCUCUAAACUCCUGGAGGUGUUCAAGGCAUUACAUAUCAACAUUCCAUUCAUACAGGUUCUUAAACAAAUGCCUAUGUAUGAUGAACUCAUGAAGGAAUUGUUGUCUGAGGAAAGACCUCUGAAGGGAGACCAAACAGUGGUGCUAACCAAAGAGUGUAGUGCCAUCAUUCAGAGGAAUUUACCAAGUAAGAUGCCAGAUCCGGAAAGUUUUCAAAUCCCAUGUACUAUUGGAAACAACACCUUUGAACGAGCACUGUGUGAUUUAGGGGCAAGUAUCAAUUUGAUGCUGCUUUUUGUGAUAAAAAAACUACAAAUUCAAGAGGUAAAACUCACAAGAAUAGCUCUUCAAUUGGCUGAUAAAUUUGUAAGGUUGGUGUAUGGAGUGGGGGAGAAUGUUUUGGUCAAGGUGGAAAAGUUCUUCUUCCCAAUAGACUUCGUGAUUCUUGAUAUGGAGGAAGAUGAAAAUUUCUCUAUCAUUCUAGGAAGACUGUUCUUAGCCACUGGGUGA